AAUAUUAUUACGAAGAUAUUGUAAGUCGGUUUCUACGUUGCACAAUAUUCGAUUAUAGAAAGCUGUUGAACUAUAUUAUUAUAAAUUUUAAGAUUAAAACGUUUGUCUGUAAAUGGACGAUAAGAUAUAUUCAGAAGAUUUGAUUGAUUCAUUUCAUCAAUUUAUGUCAUGUGAGUGCUAUCAGUUUAAAAUAAAUUGCUUUUCUAAUUCAAAUAAUUUAUAUUUCGAAUAAUUGUAUCACAAUGACAAACACGAAGAAAAUAAAAAAUUCCGAAAUUGAGUUUUGUGCUGUGCCAACUUUUGAAUCUUUAUCUGAAGACGUUGCCGAAUCCGAAAAUGACGAUACCUUAUGUGGCUUAGGCAAAUGUAAACCAAGAUGGUUACAACGUUUUGCAAAUUCUAAGGCUUACCUCAUUAAUUAUUGUUUAUUGGGUAUAGUAGAAGCUGCAUAUUUUACCUGCUUCGUAGGUUCCCUUUCUACUCUAGAGAAGCGUUAUGCCUUCGAUAGUAGGAUAAGUGGAUUUCUUAUGAUCGCUGAUAAUUUUAGUCCGAUCAUAAUUAGUGUACUGAUUGGUUAUUUCGGAGGACGUGCUCACAGACCUAGAUGGAUAGCUGCUGGUAUGCUAAUUGUGGCACUCAGUUGUUUCAUGUGUGCUUUGCCUUAUUUCAUCUACGGUCCUGCUCUUCAUUUAAUAACAAAGGAUCCUAACGAACUCGUUAAACCUAAAUAUGAAUAUUGUGAUCCAGAAUCAAAUGAACAUUGCAAAAAAGAAGAAGUAUCGCCAACUAUACCAGCAAUAUCAAUUAUAUUUGUAGCGAAUUUUUUAUGCGGUUUUGGUUACACUGCAUUUUUUGCAGUUGGAACACCAUACCUAGAUGAUAAUGUAGAUAAGAAGGAUUCUCCAGUAUAUUUAGCUAGUAUGUCCGCUUUAAGGAUAUUUGGACCAGCACUUGGAUUUUUAAUUUCGUCUUUCUCUCUUCGAUAUUACGAAGACCCGUUUUUUGAUCCUGGAUUUACUGAAGAUGAUCCGCGAUGGGUAGGAGCUUGGUGGAUGGGUUUUCUCAUAUUGAGUGCUUUAAUUGUGAUAUUUAGCAUUCCAAUGUUCUUUUUCCCUCGAAGGUUACCGAAUGCUCCCAUUCCAGUAGAAAAUGAAAAAGAAUUGAGGAACGAAAUGCCGAAAUUUAAAGAUUUGCCAAAAUCCCUAUGGAUGCUAGCAAAAAAUCCAAUUUACAUGUUUAUAUUAAUCGCCGCAAUUUUGCAUAUUAAUGGUGUAGCCGGAUAUUUCGUUUUUAUGCCAAAAUAUAUAGAAACGCAAUUUCGACAAUCUUCAUCAAAAGCUAAUUUCUUUACAGGAUCGGUACCCGUAAUUGCUGUUCUGAUAGGUAUAAUGAUAGGAGGAAUAGUUAUAAAAAAACUAAGACCAGAACCUCGUUACUUGACGGCUUAUAUGGUUUUUAUCGAUUUUUUCGGUGUGUUUGGGUUUCUCGCUUCGAUGUUUCUCGGGUGUCCGCAAACUGAGAUGACAGGAACAGCAUUUACAGGUGACGAAUUAGAACUUUAUAAUGAAUGUAAUUCUGGAUGUGGUUGCACUAAAAGAAUAUUUGAACCAGUUUGCAGUAUGGAUGGAAAAUCUACUUACUUCUCUCCAUGUUUUGCUGGUUGCACUGGAUUGAAUGAUACUUCAGGAAACGAUCUAUUUACCAACUGCAGCUGCAUUUUUAAUGGAACUGGUGAUACAUUUACUACUGACGUUACUGGAGGAUAUUGCCCUCUAGAUUGCAAUAUGUUUCUACCCUAUAUGAUUGUUUUGAGUUUAAGCAAGUUCAUGGCUUCAACUUCUCGAGUUGGAAACAGUUUAAUUUUAUUAAGAUGCGUAAAUCCACAAGAUAAAAGUAUGGCUUUGGGAACGAUUGGUGCAGCAUUGUCAGCUUUUGCUUUUAUACCGUAUCCACUGAUAUUUGGGGCCAUAACCGAUUCUGCCUGUAUAGUAUGGGAGGAAAAUUGUGGCAAGACUGGAAACUGUUGGCUUUACGACACAGAUAAAUUUCGAUAUUACUUACAUGGAUUGGGUAUCACACUUUUGUUGGCAGGAAACUUUUUUCAUAUAGGAAUCUUCUGUUUGAGUCAUCGAUUGAAAAACUUUUAUGAAGAUGAAAAAGAAGGCGAAAAGGAGACUAUAAAUAUAAAACAUUUGUCAAAUUCUUUAAAAAAUGUAGCAUCAGCAACGUAACAACACCCAACUUACUUCAAAUUCAAUUAUAUUAUUAUUAAUCAUAUAUAAAUGUUAUAU